CAAUAAUGUGUUAGCUUUUUUUGGUCGCUUGUUAAGCUACACGGAUAACAUGUUAACUUGUUGGUUUGUUUCUUCUUACACGACUAGGUAUGAGCGCAUGGUAAAAGAGACAAAUCCCGGCAGUUACAUACAUGUUGACCAGAAUGAGGGGAGGUUUUCGAGACUCUUUGUUUGUUAUGCUGCAUGCAUCAAAGGUUUCUUGAGUGGAUGCAGACCCCUUCUAUUUUUGGACGGUACAUUUUUGAAGGAUCGAUAUAAAGGUAUUCUCCUCUCGGCCAUAGCAUACGAUGGGAACCAAGGUAUAUUUCCCUUAGCGUAUUGCAUAUGUGAUCAAGAGAAUUUGAUGAAUUGGAAGUGGUUCCUCCAAGGUCUAUGGUCCAUACUUUAUGAGAGGGCUGACCCUUACAAUCCUCCCCACCAAUUGGUUAUAAUUUCUGAUGCGGACAAAGGAAUUAAAGAAUCAGUAAAAGAGUAUUUUCCAGAAGCUCUACACUCGAGGUGUGUUCUACAUCUUGUUGAAAAUUUCAGGUUAAAGCUUAAGGACUUGGGUAUGAAGUCGAAGGACACUCAUGUUCUUGGGAACUUACUCCAAAGUGCUUGUUAUAAAUACACAAUAGCAGAAUGGAAUGAGUACAUGAAAGAGAUAUAUGACAUGGAUCCAAGGGCAUACAACAUUGCUAUGAACUACUCUCCUGAUCAAUGGGCAAAUGCAUUCUUCCCGGGAAUAAGGUAUGGGCACGUAACAUCUAAUGUCGCUGAGUCUUUUAAUAAUUGGAUAAGGGAAACUAGAAUGCUACGAAUUCUACAAAUGGUUGAGCAUAUCCGUAAACAGAUAAUGGUCUGA